CUGUUGCUAAACAGCAGCGACACACAAUCGAAAAAUCCGCUUUUAUUAUAGUAAAAUCUUCAGGUAUAUCACACGAAUCACUCAUUUUACUAUUUUUGAAUCCUAAUGCAAACAGGAUGAAAACAGGAAUUCGUUUAUUUUCUUAUGUCAAAUUCGUUUUUGCGGCGGUACGAAACUGUUUUUGCAACUAAAAAACAAACUAACAAACAAAGUUACCACCAGGGUUGCCACAUUUAAAUCUGUGUUCGCCCUUGAAAAAAUCUGUAUCUGGUACAAAAAUAUCUGUAAAAAAAAUCUGUAUUGUUUAAACAUAAAGAACUUUGUAUUUUUUAAGUUUUUAUGGUACAUAAACAAAAUUUUUAGCUUAAAACGUGUUAGGAGUUGAAAAUAUUUUCAAUUUGCUUAAUUUUUAAUGAAAUAAAAUAUGGAGUGUUUAUAAAAAUUGAUGUCAAUUUCGAAAAAUCUGUAAGUCUUUACUUUUCGACGAAAAUCUGUAUAUCUGUAUAUACAGAUUUUGUACCGUUACUUCGGCCAAAAAUCUGUAAAAUACAGAUUAAUCUGUACAUGUGGCAUCUCUGGUUACCACCCUGCUACCAGACCACAGCUGCUAGAAUGCACUUCAAAGACUUUUAAAGCAUCCGCAACCGCAACCCGCAACUGGGGCUAUGUCAAAAGUGUCAAAAGCCACUGAUGCAAGAAGAAACGAAAGAGAUCUAAAAUAAUUGACACCUUUGUGUUUGUAUACACUUUACUAAGCAGUAAGCAGUUAAACGCCGUGCUUUCGUAAAUAUUAAAUUAAAAUUAUAAUUGUGUAGUUAUUCCAUUAGUGAUACUAUGAAUAGACCUAGCCAAACGCAGUUUGAACAGAUUUGUCGUUUGUGCUUAAAUGCGACAGAUUUGGUUAAUUUAUUCGAACGAAAUCCAAAGACCCAAAAACAGUCACUCGGUUUGCUUGUCCGCGAGGCCGUUGAGAUGCUCGGUUUAACGAUCGAACCGGGCGAUGGAUUUCCAACCAAAAUUUGCCUCACAUGCAAAAACUUUCUGCGACAGCUGUACAAAUUUCGGAAUCAGUGCCAAGAAGCGAAUGAUUUACUGGUGGAAGCACUGUCCACAUCUACGAUUCACGAGAAUUCACCGCAGAAAACCGCGUUAUCAACCAUUAAACAGAUUCAAUCGACUCCUCUUCAGAAUAUUUCCGAAAGUAUUCGGCAUAAUCCGCAGCAAAUGGAACAUACUGCGGAAGCUGACUCCAGCAGUGGACUUGGCAAACAAGUAGCCAUUAAGAAUGAGUUACCAGAUUCUCGGGAAGGUGAAUGUGUAACUGCGAAUUCUGGAUCACUGAAUGAGGAGUAUGUUUUGGAGACUGUAGUAGAAGAAGUAGAGGAAGAAGAAAUUCUACAGGAAGAUCUUACAGAACAUGUUGAAGACGUAGAAUAUGUGAUCGAAGUACACGAUGACGUUUUAUCAGAGGAACAGAAUCUUGAAAUGUUAGUUGACGAAGACAUCGACUCAGGACGUGAAGCAACGGUGGAGAUGGAAAAGCAUGAACCGAAACUAACGAGGGCAUCGAAGGGCGAUACGAAUAAAGGAGAGUUAUGCAAAGUUUGUGGUAAUUAUUCAACUUGUUUGAAAUAUCAUAUGAUGUGUCAUACCGGCGAGCGACCGUUCUCGUGUAGUCAUUGUGACAAAUCGUUUCGCACUAGUACCAAGUUGAGAAUACACGUGAACGGUGUACACCUGAAGGUACGAAAAUAUACAUGCGAUAUCUGCGGGAAAAAAUUUUUGGACUCUGGCAACCUGAGGAAUCAUAAAGUAACUCACGAUGGUGAACGGAAACAUAUGUGUGACUACGCAGGCUGCGGGAAAUCCUUUCGACUACCCGGAACAUUGACGGUUCACAAAAAGUCACAUAUACAAGAUAAGACGUUUAUUUGUGAUAUUUGCUCAAAAGCAUUCCUCUAUAAAUGGCUAUUAGUUAAGCACAUACGUACUCACACUGGCGAAAAGCCAUACGAGUGUGAAGUGUGUCAUAAAAGGUUUACUACUUCUACUCAUAUGCACACCCAUAAGAAAUUACAUGACCCAAACCGAGAAAAAUCUCUCAGAAAGCGAAAAAUAAAUAACGAAGAUAAGGUGCAGUAGAAACACACAUUAGGAGACAUAUAAUAUUUACGUUUAGUGUAAGUUCAAUGUUUAUAGGUAAAAUCACCGAAAGAGUUGUGAAUUUGGGUUCAAAAAAAAAGUGAAUGAUGAAAAUGAGACACAACUUUGUUUAUCUUUUAUUGGUAAAGCUGCAUAGAACAAACAGAUUUAAAUGUUCGUUAAGCAGUGAAUGAAUAAACAAGUUUUCAACCGGAUAUAUCAAACAACUAACUGAAACUUUAUGUGGAUAUUAUUGUAAUUAGGAUAUAAACACAAGGAUUAGGCUUAAAUUUUGCAAAAUUGUCUUGCUUCAAUUUUCUAAUAUUUAAGGCGUUUAAUGUAUUGCUUUUAUCGUUUCCUGAUUAUUGAUUACAAACCAUAGCUUACAAGUCAGUCUUCUCUAAUAACGCUUGUCGCUUAUAAUCCUUAUAACGCUUAUAACCGAUUGGUUUGAUCAGGCUGGAAAAAGUCUGGCAACUCUUAAUCGAAAUUUGAAUCAGGUCUAAAUGUACACUAACAAAUCUAUUCGAUUCUUUCCGUAGCAUCAUAUCAUGUGAUAUCGCCAAGGGAUGAAGUCAAGCAGUUUCGUUUUGAAUCCAUAAAUCUACUUUUCAUGAAAAAAUUUGGUGUAUGACAUUUGAUAUUAAAAUUGGUGAUGAUAUCCGGUGUAGUGUGAACGGGUUAUGAUAUUAUAUUACAUGAUAUCGCCGGAUGAUUACGGCUAUCACUUUUGACGUGCAUUCAUUAAGAACCAGCCAACGCAAACGGUCUGUCUAUGUCUGUGAGUUGAAUCAUGACAAUUGCAAAACAUUUUUAACAUUUGAAAAAUUACCUCAUAAAACAGCAUUAAAAUGUAUCACUGUACCAUAAACUGUGCCUGCAUAGUUUAGAUCACAAUCCAAAACUAAAAACUUACUAAAUAAUCAUUUUGGGCUGAUUUGAAUUUUCGCUUCUUCAUAUUUUUUCACUAUGACUUCUUCAUGAAAAAAAAUGUGUUUUAAACUAAACAGCCUGUGAAAUUUACCAAAAGAAACUGCAAAAUGUACAAGGGAAAGGGAGGAGAUUUUUCAAAAAACCGAAGCUCCUGAGCCCUAUCGCUAAACGCAAUUCGAAGGCCUUCUUUCCCCACAACUUCUGUUGGGCCCAGCUCGAGAAUUCCUAAGCUCCAGAGUCUUUUUUUAUUUGAAAAAUGGUUUCCUGAGAUAAAAUAAUUUUUUUCCAGUGCCGCAAAAGUGUACAGCGCAUCGUUACUAUGUCUGUCUCCUGCAUCUUCAAAAUUGAGCUCUAUAGCGUAGCGUUAUUACUUUCAUAACAUGUUAGACAUAAUUUACUUUACGAACUAAUUUCAAUUUUUGUCAUGUGACUUACAUUUAAAGUUUAGUAAAGCGGGCAAUGUAUGCAGUUUGCGAGGAUGCGAAAAUGAACGGGAAUAGAAAGUGUAACUUUUAGGCUUAGAAAAAAAAAAUUUUUUUUUGCAAGUUUGCGAGAAUGCGAAAAUGAACGGGAAUAGGUGUGACUUUAGGCUUAGAAAAAAUUUUCCUCGUUCAGGCCAGGCCCGUAGGUACCGGGGGGGCUUAGCCCCCCCACGCGUUUGUAUUGCCUCACCACGCAAUUUUCUCAUGUAUGUGAUUGUUACUAGGUGAAAAAAUCCAAAAGAAAAAUCUGAAAUAUUAGCAAUAAGCAUUAUAGCACAUACAUAAGACAUACGUAACACUCAGGAAGAAAUCUUCCAAAAAAGUUGGUAUAAAAUAAACCACUCGAAAGUACCAACCUCUGUAAAAAAAAACCUCUGUUUGAGUAGUUUAUGGAGGUUAUGUACCUGCGCAGCCCUGCAUUUGUCUCGUUCCCACUCGAAAAAUGCAGCAUUCAUUUUGUAAACAACUUUUUGACAGUUUCGUAAGGGAUUUUGUUGAGGGCUCGAGUAGAGCCGCUAUGAAGAAAAUUCAUUCCGUUCAUUUUCGUCGAGCAGUUCAUACUGGUGUUGGUACCGGGUGAUAUGGGGCAAAAAGACCAACAAAAAUCGCCAGUGUUACGUAUGUCUAAGUAUGUGAUUAUAGUCACCAGUUUUUUUUAUUGUUGACGGUAUCAGUCAAUUUUUCGGUCGAGCAAAUAUGCCAAAAAGGAUAAAUUAUUCAAUCUUUUGGUGAGUCAGUAUCCUAACUUCCUGCAAUAUGAUCGUGUGAUUCAUGUUCAUGCUCAGUUCAAUAUAUUUUGGCCGGAUUUUUCCAUAUCUCGGAAGCAUAACCCAGUCCGUUACCUGGCCCGGACAACUCUGUUCCGGUUCGGUCCAAAAUAAAAUCAGACUAUAAAAAUUGUAGUCUGACCGGACUUUGGACUAGGCAUUCCACACUCUACCUGGUCUGAUGGUAAACACUGAUCAAACAAAGCCUAUCGUAAAUUUUAGUAUUUGGGCUGACGGCUGAAUCGCUCCAUUCUCUCAGUAUUUCUUCGCGAAUAGUUUCUCUCAGUAUCGUUGGUUGACAUCGAUCGGCGACUCUCAAAGCUGGAUUUAUAACGCUGUAAUUCCUUCAAUGCAUUUGUUGCUUCAGAGUAGAACUUUUAAAAACUCUCUUCUGUUCUUAGUUUUUCGAUCGCACAUGGUCGCACCACAUACAUAAGACAUACGUAACACUGGCGUUUUUUCUGGUACACGUUGCCCCAUAGUACUCCGUACAUCGCCCUGUCAAACUGCUCGAUAAAUAAUGAACCAACUGAAUUUUCUUUUUCUCGGCCUUAUCGAGCCCCAAAGAAAAUCCCAUAAGGAACUGUCAAAAAGUUAUUUACAAAAUCGAUGCAACACUUUUCGAGUAGAAACGAGACAAAUGCAGGGCUGCGAAGGUACACAACCUCCAAAAAUUAUUCAAACAGAGGUUUUUAUUACAGAGGUUGGCACCUUCGAGUAGUUCAUUUUGUACCAACUUUUUUGGAAGAUUUCUUCCUGAGUGUUACGUAUGUCUUAUGUAUGUGGUCGCACCCUCAAGACAUUUGAAAAAAAAGUGGAAGAUACACAGUUUGGAAGUUGUGGAUUCCAUGAUAUUUUCAGUUAAUUCAAGUUUCUACCUUCGUGACUACAUUUACUCCUUGAACCAAAAGUUACGCUAAUCAAUAGCCGUUUUCACGUCGAGCUCGAAUACAAAUACCUAGUCGUAACCUGUAUAUUAGGGUGCCAAUGAAAAUCAAUUUUUCGAAUUUCGUGUAACGAUAGGGCUCAAAAGUUUCGUCUUCUCGAAAAAAAUCAUCCAAAAUUUUUUUUAAAGUCCCUUUUUUGUCGAGCACAUAACGGUUUUAAACUGCUUAAGCAGGUAUUAGA